UCAGCAGUUUCAGGAAAUGUUGUAUUUUCUGACAACAGGAAGCAACUUCCUGAAAAUCAUUAGCUUGGUCAAACAAGUGGUCAAUAGCCGGCACAUAAGUUUGAUGAGAAUGGCUAAAAGUAAAUUUGAAUAUGUAAAAGAAUUUGAACGUGAUGAUUGUUGUUUGCCAAAUUGUUGGAUUGUGGUUAGAAUAGAUGGAAGAAAUUUUUCGAAAUUUUGUGAAGCGCAUCAAUUUACCAAACCAAACGAUGUAGCUGCUUUGCAAUUAAUGAAUCGCGCGGCUAUUACGGUUAUGGAAGAUUUCAAAGAAAUCAUUUUAGGAUUUGGUCAAAGUGAUGAAUAUUCUUUCGUCUUUCGAAAAGACACUGAACUUUACAAACGAAGAGCUUCAAAAUUGAUGACAAAUGUGAAUUCUCUUUUUGCAUCAUCAUAUGUUUACCAUUGGCCUCGUUUCUUCCAAGGCAAAGAAUUAUAUUAUCCACCGUCUUUUGAUGCUCGCGUUGUAUUAUAUCCUACGGAUAAAAAUUUAAGGGAUUAUUUAGCAUGGAGACAAGCUGAUGCUCAUGUAAAUAAUUUAUAUAAUACUUGCUUUUGGAAUCUUGUAUUAAAAGGAAAAUUAACUCCAAGCCAGGCAGAGGUUAAGCUUAGAGGUACAUUGGCUUCACAUAAAAACGAAUUACUUUUUCAAGAAUUUGGUAUAAAUUACAAUAAUGAACCGCCACUUUUCCGAAAAGGAACUACACUUAUAAGAAAAUUAGUACCUGAUGGAACAGGUAGACUGAAACCUGCAGUCGUUCCAUUGGUAGAUGAUAUUAUUGGAGAUCGUUUUUGGAAAGAAAAUCCAGAAGUACUUGGAUUAAAAAGUUUAGCAACUUAUCAACCUCCAAAUUUAGUUAAUAAUGUUUCUACAAAUCCAAUCAGAACAACAAAACCACCAUCACCAACUGCUAACAUGAAACAUAUUAAUAAUACUCCACCAUCUUCAGUUGCUAAUGUGAAUUCUAUAAAUGAAGAAGUACAUCCAGUAAGAAGUAGAGAAUCAGAUGGAGAAAGAAUGCAAUGUGAAAGUGAACGAAUUUGUAGAAGAUAAGCAGUGUUUAUGUCUCUUUUUUUUAUAAUAAAUUUGAAAAAUAUCCUAACGGAAAAUAAUGAAAGUUUAUUUCCAGUAAUUAAGAAUAUUUU